CUUCCCCAAACCCCUAUUACAGAUACACUGCUCUUUCUUCAUUCCYUCACAAAUCUUCAUAAAUCUCAAACCCUAAUUUCUCCCAUACACUCAUCCUUAACCCCAUGAAAACCCCAUUAACYCUCGUUUGGUUUUCUCACUCUCCCUUCUGAAGCUGUCUCAGCUCCCAAAACCCAACCAUUCUUUUUCGGGUCCCUAAAGGGAUUGCAUAGCCUCUUCCGGCAAUGACUCUCCCUCCGCUUGAGUGUAUAUACGUCGUAGAAAGCAAUCUUCGCGAAUGGAAGUCCGGAAACUCCAGCUUUAGGGUCCCUAACCCUGUCCCUGUGCUUCGCUUCCUCUACGAGCUCUGCUGGACCAUGGUCCGAGGCGAAUUGCCGUUCCCGAAGUGUAAAGCAGCAUUGGAUUCGGUAGAGUUCUCGGACAAAAUAUCUGCGGAGGAGUUAGGAUCGUGUUUUGCUGAUGUCAUUACCCAAUUGGCCCAAGACAUCACAUUACCAGGAGAGUAUCGUGUUCGCCUUUUAAAACUGGCUAAAUGGCUGGUUGAAUCUGCAUUUGUUCCAUUGAGGCUUUUUCAGGAGCGGUGUGAGGAAGAAUUUCUUUGGGAAGCUGAAAUGAUAAAGAUUAAGGCUCAAGAAUUGAAAAAUAAAGAGGUCAGAGUAAAUACGCGUCUUCUUUAUCAACAAACAAAGUUUAAUCUUCUGCGGGAAGAAAGUGAGGGCUAUGCCAAGUUGGUAACGCUUCUUUGCCGUGUCACCGACACUUCAAAUAAUAAUUUGCCAGGUUCAACAAUUGGUAUUAUAAAGUCAUUAAUUGGGCAUUUUGAUCUGGACCCAAACCGUGUUUUCGACAUUGUCCUGGAGUGUUUUGAACUUCAACCAGAGAAUAGUGUUUUCUUAGAGCUGAUUCCAAUAUUUCCCAAGUCUCAUGCUUCACAAAUCCUCGGGUUUAAGUUCCAAUAUUAUCAGCGCAUUGAAGUAAAUUCACCAGUGCCAUUUGGGCUUUACAAGCUUACAGCGUUACUAGUGAAGGAAAAAUUUAUUGAUCUUGAUAGCAUCUAUGCACAUCUACUUCCCAAGGAGAAUGAGGCGUUUGAGCAUUAUGAUUCUUUUUCUUCCAAACGACUCGAUGAGGCUAACAGGAUUGGAAAAAUAAAUCUUGCCGCAACUGGAAAGGAUCUUAUGGAUGAUGAAAAGCAAGGAGAUGUAAGCAUUGAUCUUUUUGCUGCUCUUGAUUUGGAAAGCGAGGCAGUAAGUGAAAGGUCUCCAGAGCUGGAAAAUAAUCAAACAUUGGGCUUGCUUACAGGAUUUCUUUCUGUGGGUGACUGGUAUCAUGCUCAUGUACUUUUUGAUCGGCUUUCACCUCUCAAUCCAGUGGAACACCUUCCAAUUUGUAACAGCUUGUUUAGGCUCAUCGAAGAAUCAAUUUCCUCUGCAUACUGUAAUGUUCGUCAAAAUCAUCAAAAUCAUUAUCAGAGCGUCGUGAGUAAUUCAGGAACUAGCAUUGAUACUACAGACACCACGAGUUUGCUGGUUGCUGGUUCUUAUAUAGAUCUUCCAAGGGAGCUUUUCCAGAUGCUUGCUGCUGCUGGACCUUAUCUCUAUCGUGAUACAAUUUUGCUGCAGAAGGUUUGCAGAGUGCUGAGAGGUUAUUAUAUGUCGGCAGUUGAGUUUGCCAAYAGUGGGGAAAGAGGUCUGAAUCCUGAAUUUGUUAUGCCAGCUGGCAACCGGGUUCCUCAUCUUCACUUAAAGGAUGCUAGGUUGAAGAUUGAGGAAGCCUUGGGAACCUGCCUACUUCCUUCUUUACAGUUGAUACCUGCCAAUCCGGCUGUUGGUCAAGGAAUAUGGGAAGUAAUGAAUCUUCUUCCAUAUGAGGUGCGAUAUCGUUUAUAUGGUGAAUGGGAGAAAGAUGAUGAGAAGAUUCCGAUGGUUCUGGCUGCAAAGCAAACAGCAAAGUUGGACACGCGRAGGAUUUUGAAGAGGCUGGCUAAGGAGAAUUUAAAGCAAUUGGGUAGGAUGGUUGCAAAACUCGCUCAUGCUAAUCCAAUGACUGUCCUUCGCACAAUAGUACACCAGAUUGAGGCAUAUAGGGAUAUGAUUACUCCUGUAGUAGAUGCAUUCAAGUAUCUGACUCAGCUUGAGUAUGACAUAUUGGAAUAUGUUGUGAUUGAACGUUUGGCACAAGGAGGGCGUGAUAAGYUGAAGGAYGAUGGCCUAAAUCUGUCAGAUUGGCUCCAAUCAUUAGCUUCAUUUUGGGGUCACCUGUGUAAGAAGUACCCAUCUAUGGAACUAAGGGGUUUGUUUCAGUAUCUCGUUAAUCAGUUGAAAAAAGGUCAAGGAAUUGAGCUUGUUCUCCUACAGGAACUUGUUCAACAAAUGGCCAAUGUCCAAUACACAGAAAACCUAACUGAGGAACAGCUGGAUGCUAUGGCAGGAAGUGAGACACUUCGUUAUCAAGCAACUUCUUUUGGAGUUACUCGAAAUAACAAGGCAUUGAUCAAGUCAAGCAACAGACUGCGUGACUCAUUGCUUCCUAAGGAUGAAAAAGAAUUGGCGGUCCCCCUUUUGCUACUUAUUGCUCAACACCGUUCAGUGGUUGUUAUAAAUGCAGAUGCUCCGUAUAUAAAGAUGGUGAGCGAGCAGUUUGAUAGAUGUCAUGGAACUCUGCUUCAAUAUGUGGAAUUUCUUAGUAGUGCAAUCACGCCUGCAUCAGCUUAUGCUCAAUUGAUUCCCUCACUCAAUGAGCUUGCACAUCUUUAUCACCUAGAUCCCGAGGUUGCUUUCUUGAUAUACCGGCCAAUAAUGAGGCUAUUCAAGUGUCAAGGUGGUUCUGAUAUCUUCUGGCCACUGGAUGGCAAUGAUGCUAAUGUUGCAGGCAAUAAUUCUGAUUCUGAACCUGCAGAAUGUUCUGCUGAUGUCAUUUUGGAUCUUGGUUCUUCACAAAAACCUGUGAGGUGGCCGGAUCUUCUUGAUACUGUGAAGUCUAUGUUACCUCCAAAAGCUUGGAAUAGCUUGUCUCCUGAUCUCUAUACUACGUUUUGGGGUCUCACACUCUAUGAUCUUUACGUUCCUCGGAGUCGAUAUGAAUCUGAAAUUGCUAAGCAGCAUUCUUCUCUAAAAGCUUUAGAAGAGCUCUCUGAUAACUCAAGUUCUGCAAUCAAYAAAAGGAAGAAAGACAAAGAAAGAAUUCAAGAAUCUCUUGAUCGCCUGUCCAAUGAACUCGUUAAGCAUGAAGAGAAUGUUGCAUCCRUUCGUAGACGACUUUCUCGUGAAAAAGAUAAAUGGUUGAGCUCCUGUCCUGAUACUUUGAAAAUUAAUAUGGAGUUCCUUCAGCGAUGUAUUUUUCCCCGCUGUACAUUCAGUAUGCCUGAUGCUGUCUAUUGUGCUAUGUUUGUGCACACUCUUCAUUCCCUUGGAACACCUUUCUUUAAUACAGUCAACCAUAUUGAUGUUUUGAUAUGUAAAACCUUGCAACCCAUGAUUUGCUGCUGUACGGAAUAUGAAGCAGGCAGGCUUGGAAGGUUUUUAUAUGAGACACUAAAGAUAGCUUAUCAUUGGAAGAGUGAUGAAUCCGUUUAUGAACGUGAAUGUGGAAAUAUGCCUGGAUUUGCUGUCUAUUAUAGGUAUCCAAACAGCCAAAGAGUAACGUACGGCCAGUUCAUCAAGGUUCAUUGGAAGUGGAGUCAAAGAAUUACACGGUUACUGAUUCAAUGCUUGGAAUCUACAGAGUACAUGGAAAUUAGAAAUGCUCUUAUUAUGUUGACAAAAAUUUCCAACGUUUUUCCUGUCACUAGAAAGAGUGGGAUCAACCUUGAAAAACGGGUUGCUAAGAUCAAAAGCGAUGAGAGAGAAGAUCUGAAGGUGUUAGCUACUGGUGUUGCUGCGGCCUUGGCUGCUAGAAAGCCUUCAUGGGUUACGGAUGAAGAAUUUGGGAUGGGAUAUCUUGAAUUAAAGACUGCACCAUCUCUUGCAGCAAAGUCUUCAGCUAGUAAUUUAGCUGCGGGCCAAAGUAAUUCCAUUUAUCUUUCCCAAAGUGAACCUGGUGGAGGAAAGACUGCUGCACUAGCCAUCCCAAAUUCAGAUUCUGGAAAUAUGGCCAAAGACCAUUCAUUGAGGUCRAGAGCUUCUGAUGUGAGAACGGAUAAAAUAGAAGGUCUUUCUGUUCCAAAAUCUGAACUAGGGCAUGGUAAAUUGAAAAGCACUUCAUCAAAUGGGCCAGAUUCUCAGCCACUGCCGCCCUCAACGUCUGUCCAUUCAGGGUCGUUAAGAAUGGUGGAAAGUCAAAAACCAGGUGAUGACUUAAGUAGGACUUUGGAUGAAAGCUCAUCAAAAGUUAUUUCAAAGACCUCUUCUGAAUCUGAGUUGAGAGUUUCAGCAAAACGAUCAGCACCUGCUGGAUCUCUUAAUAAAGCACCAAAACAAGAUACUACGAAAGAUGAGACUAGAUCGGGAAAAGCUGCUAGCAAGAAUCCUGGGUCUUCCACAAGUGAUAGAGAGCUUUCAAUUUAUGCAACAGACGGUGGUAGGCAUGGAGGUUCUUCCAGUGUACCUUCUUCAGUUAUGGCAAAUGGUAAUACACAAAUUUCAUCAACUCGAGGCCCGUCCUCUUCAGUAAAAGCUUCAGAUGUGAAUGCUAUUGAAUCAAAGGCMGAGAGUGGGAUUGGGAGGACUUCUGAUAGUAGGGCUGCAUCAGUAAAGGAUGAUGGCACUGAAGCUCUUGAAGUUGCAAGAUCCUCUUCUUCCAGACUCGCCCAUUCCCCCAGACAUGAUAAUUCUGCCAGUGGUUCUAGAUCUAGUGAUAAGCUGCAGAAAAGAGCUAGUCCUGCAGAAGAACCAGACAGACAAGGUAAACGCCGGAAAGGAGAUGGUGAAACUAGAGAUUUAGAUGGAGAUUUUCGCAUCUCUGACAAAGAUAGAUCCACUGACCCACGAUCUGUAGAUACUGAUAAAAUAGGAACGGAUGAACAAAGUGGUUACAGGGGUUCAGAUAAAACUUUAGAUAGAACAAAAGAUAAGGUAAAUGAAAGAUAUGAUAGGGACUACAGGGACAGAGUAGAGCGUCCUGAAAAGUCCCGUGGAGACGAUCCUUCAGUAGAAAGAACAAGAGAUAGAUCAAUAGAAAGAUAUGGAAGAGAGCGCUCGGUUGAGAAAGUAGAGAGAGUUUCUGAUAGGUAUCCUGACAAGUCUAAGGAUGAAAGAAAUAAAGAUGAUAGGGUCAAAUUACGAUAUAGUGAUACAACCAUAGAUAAGUCUCAUGUUGAUGAUCGGUUCCACGGGCAGAGCUUGCCACCUCCGCCCCCCUUGCCUCCCCACAUGGUCCCUCAAUCUGUUAAUAGUGGGAGAAGAGAUGAAGAUGCAGAUAGGAGGUUUGGAACUACUAGACACACACAAAGGCUUUCUCCUCGACAUGAAGAGAAGGAACGAAGACGUUCAGAGGAAAACUUAAUUUCACAGGAUGAUGCAAAACGCAGAAGAGAAGAGGAAUUCCGAGAAAGAAAGAGAGAAGAGAUGUCAUUGAAGGUGGAUGACAGGGAGAGGGAAAGGGAGAGGGAAAAGGCAAACGUUUUGAAGGAGGACAUGGAUGCUUCUGCUGCCUCCAAGAGGCGAAAACUUAAAAGGGAGCAUCUUUCAUUAGCUGAGGCUGGYGAGUAUUCUCCUGUUGGCCCACCGCCACCUCCGAUAGGUGCUGGUGUGUCUCAAUCUUAUGAUGGACGAGAAAGAGGAGACCGAAAAGGAGUAAUGAUGCAGCGUGCCGGUUACUUGGAUGAUCCAGGCCUAAGAAUUCAUAGUAAAGAAGUGGUCAACAAGAUGACCAGGCGUGAAGCUGAUCUAAUGUACGAUCGAGAGUGGGAUGAUGAGAAGAGAAUGAGAGCAGAUCAGAAGCGGAGGCAUCGGAAAUAAGCUGUUGAUCAUUUUUAUCAUGAAGUUCAACUGCAAACAUGAUAUCUAAUCUGCCUAUGGGGGAGUGAACAUCCAUCAGUUCRUCUUGUAAAGAUCGAUUCAUCGAUGGAGAGGGAGACAGUGUUGUAAUUUAUUGACAAUAGCCAAGCCUUCCGUGGGGGAAUAAAUGUCCGUGUCCACUCCAAUAUUGACGAGGAAUUCGUAAAGGGACAGGACAAGACAUUGGAGAGGAAUUGUUGAGAACUGUUGUAACUUAUUUAAAAUUCAAAAGAGAAUAGAGGUAUGUAUCAUAUCAUAUAUUUUGCCCCCACCGAGAGUAUAUUUGUUGUGYAAGCCAUUAGAUAGUGARYUGUUGAAGAUUAUUGUGAAUUGUGGGGGCUUCUUCCUUGCCCUGCCUAGUUUGGUAGAACAAUUUUCACCCUAAUUCCAGAUGAGGGUGGUAUUGAAUCAAUCUCUCAUGAGGUUCCUACAUGAUCCCCACUUUUAUCACCCUCUCUGUUAUUCAA